UAUUUACAAAAUGCACCAAAGUACAAACAGAAGCACCUAAAAAUAUGAAAGAUUCUUUUGCGGAUUUUAUUAAUGAAUAUAUUGUAAAGGUUAACCAUCGAUGGGUUGUUGCACCAGACCCUGAUAUUUAUGAUGAAUAUAAUAAUAUAGUUCGGGGAAAAGCACGUUGGGAAAUAUUUUGGGGAAUAUUCUGGAUAAAGAUUCUUGCAAGUUUAAAGCAGAAUAUAGCAAUGAUCCUGUCACCAAAAAUUGUGAAAAAUGCUCGAUUAUUUUCAAAAAACAAUACUUACAAUAUUAUUGAUACACCUGGUUUAAACCAACCUACCUCAGUUAAAUUAAUUAGACAAUCGAUCUACAAUAACUUUAAAAUAAAAGAAAUCAGAACGAUUAUUUUUGUUAUUG